UUUCUCCAUACAUAUCCUUCGUGAUUCCUGCUCAAACCUGUACAUUAUUUUAUUUGAUUUACUACAAAAUUUGAACUUAUAUCUUAAAUUAAGAUCAACUAACUCGUUUCAUCUUUAGUCAGACAAACCAGUGGUUUGAAACCACUAUGGUUUUGUUGUAGUUUGUAGUAUUUGUAGUUUAUUUUGAAGUCUGGAAUGUGGAAUCCAGAUUCUAUUAUUCUUCUGAAUUAGAGGACAGAUCGCAGACUAUUUUAUUGUAUUAAUUUUUAUGAUGGAAAAUCCUACAGCUGAAGCCCCCACGUGUCUAAAUUAUCAUACCAAACCACUUUCUCAGGCUAUGCUUGCAUUUCUUUGUGAGGAGGAUACACUUUUCCAUGAUCCCAAGCGACUGUUGGAUGAUGAGCUUUCACUUUAUGAUGGCGACAAUACUUUGAAAUUAGCAUUGUUAAAAAUGGUCAGAACUUUGGUCUCCAUUAAAAAUUGGGUGAACAAAACACCUCAGAGUGGUAAUCAUAAUGAACAUGGACAACUAGGAGAACCGCUGAGGUCGCAGGUUUCAAACUGCUUGACCAUGCUAGACAUAGUCCGAGACACUUAUGUUUGGGAACAACUCAAUGUUGGUCAUUGGAAAACGGUAGCGCCUGGAUGGCGGAGGGCAUACACAUUUCUAUGCAUAUGCAAGACAAUUUUCAUGGCUAUAUUUCAAAAGCCUAGUAUGGACAUAAUUAAGGAAUGUGAUAUGGGAUUACUCAUGGGGGAACCUAUCACUUAUGGCAUCCUCGACAAUGUCCUGCUCCGCUUUGCCCAAGAUCUCAGCAGUGAACUUCGGGUCCUAAAUGAGGGCGAAGAGGUCGUGAAAAAGCCAAGCUCAUUAGUCCAAGAAAUACCACUACCAGUAGUAGGACGAUCUCAAUGUCCAGAGUCCAGAUUUGAGAUUGAGUUGAUUGACAACCCAUCGUUGGAACAUUUUUUGAAUAUCAUGAAGAAGCAAUGCCCCGUUUUGAUUUCCGGUGGAAUUGACCACUGGCCAGCAAGGAGAAAGUGGAAUAUAGAAUAUAUCUGCAAGACUGCUGGUUUUAGAACCGUUCCGGUAGAACUUGGAUCGAAAUACACAUCAGAUGAUUGGACGCAAAAACUUAUGCGGGUUGAAGACUUUGUAAAUUCUUACAUUUUGAAAACUUGCACUAAUAUUACAAAGGAAGAUUCAUCAGAGUUGCCCAGAGGAGUUGGGUAUAUUGCUCAACAUCGUUUAUUUGAGCAAAUAACUGAGCUCGGAGAAGACAUUAAAGUACCGGACUACUGCUUCCUAGGGGAAUCUAAACAAGUAGAGACGAAUGCAUGGUUUGGGCCAGGCAAUACAGUUUCGCCAAACCAUUAUGAUCCCAAACAUAAUCUUUUGGCUCAAGUUUUUGGAGCAAAACUUGUUCGACUUUAUCCACCGUCUGAGUCUCAGUACCUUCGGCCCUUUCCAGCCACAUCUAUCUUGUUCAAUACCAGUCAGGUUGAUCUUGACGAUCCUUUGGUGCUUGAAAAAUAUCCCGACCUAAGGCAUGCGAAAUACUGCGAAUUUAUCCUAUCGCCUGGAUCAAUGUUAUACAUUCCUCCCAAGUGGUGGCAUUACAUAACAUCUUUAACGCCUUCAUUUUCUAUAAGCUUUUGGUUUGAAUAAAUUCGUUCGCAAAAUCAAUAGUAAAA